GGUCCUCUGUGUGUUUAUCCCCACCUCCCCCAAACGUUUGGAAACGGAUGCCUUGACUCAUUGGUGCAUUCCCAAGUUUUACUGCCACACAUCUUUUUCUUUGAACGGAACUGGCGUUUUGCAAGAAAUAGACCAAAUAUCAGUGGGAGUCACGGCAAAUCCCUGUUUCGCGCUGUGAUGGGUGAGACCCUGGGAGGUCCUCUUACUGACCCAGAGAGCGAGCCCUUUGCGGUCACAGCGUCUGCAAGUACCUCACAAGAAAUUACCAUGGUUGACACAGAGAUGCCGUUUUGGCCCACCAACUUUGGGAUCAGCUCUGUGGAUCUUUCUAUGAUGGAUGACCACUCCCAUGCCUUUGACAUCAAGCCCUUCACCACCGUUGACUUCUCCAGCAUUUCCGCUCCGCACUACGAGGACAUUCCGUUCCCAAGAGCUGACCCGAUGGUUGCAGAUUAUAAGUAUGACCUGAAGCUCCAAGAGUACCAAAGUGCAAUCAAAGUGGAGCCUGUGUCCCCACCUUAUUAUUCUGAAAAGACUCAGCUGUACAGUAAGCCUCAUGAAGAGCCUUCCAACUCCCUCAUGGCCAUUGAGUGCCGGGUGUGUGGGGAUAAGGCGUCAGGGUUCCACUAUGGAGUUCACGCUUGUGAAGGAUGCAAGGGUUUCUUCCGGAGGACAAUCAGAUUGAAACUUAUUUAUGAUAGGUGUGAUCUUAACUGUCGGAUCCACAAGAAAAGUAGAAAUAAAUGUCAGUACUGUCGGUUUCAGAAGUGCCUUGCUGUGGGGAUGUCUCAUAAUGCCAUCAGGUUUGGGCGCAUGCCCCAGGCCGAGAAGGAGAAGCUGUUGGCGGAGAUCUCCAGCGAUAUCGACCAACUGAACCCAGAGUCUGCGGACCUCCGGGCCCUGGCAAAGCAUUUGUAUGACUCGUACAUUAAGUCCUUCCCGCUGACCAAAGCGAAGGCGAGGGCGAUCUUGACGGGAAAGACGACAGACAAAUCACCGUUUGUUAUCUAUGACAUGAACUCCUUAAUGAUGGGAGAAGAUAAAAUCAAGUUCAAGCACAUCAGUCCCCUGCAGGAGCCCAGCAAAGAGGUGGCCAUCCGCAUCUUCCAGGGGUGCCAAUUUCGCUCCGUGGAAGCCGUGCAGGAGAUCACAGAGUACGCCAAGAAUAUCCCCGGCUUUGUGAACCUUGACUUGAACGACCAAGUAACUCUCCUAAAAUACGGCGUGCACGAGAUCAUUUACACGAUGCUGGCCUCCUUGAUGAAUAAGGAUGGGGUCCUCAUAUCCGAGGGCCAAGGAUUCAUGACAAGGGAGUUUCUAAAGAGCCUGCGAAAGCCCUUUGGUGACUUUAUGGAGCCCAAGUUCGAGUUUGCUGUGAAGUUCAACGCACUGGAAUUAGAUGACAGCGACUUAGCAAUAUUUAUAGCUGUCAUUAUUCUCAGUGGAGACCGCCCAGGUUUGCUGAAUGUGAAGCCCAUUGAGGACAUACAAGACAACUUGCUGCAAGCCUUGGAGCUGCAGCUCAAGCUGAACCACCCCGAGUCCUCCCAGCUCUUUGCCAAGCUGCUGCAGAAAAUGACAGACCUCAGACAGAUUGUGACGGAACACGUGCAGCUGCUGCAAGUGAUAAAGAAAACAGAGACGGACAUGAGCCUCCACCCGCUCCUCCAGGAGAUCUACAAGGACCUGUAUUAGCGCAGAAGUCCCGUUCGCUGACAGCUACGUUUGCCUUCUCCCGAUUGCACUAUUAUUUUGAGGGGGAAAAUCUGACACCUAAAAAAAUUACUGUGAAAAAGCAUCUGAGAAAAGAAAAGGUUUUAGAAUAAUAGAUCUAUUUUAUGCAUAUUGUUUAUAAAGAUACAUUUACAACUUACUUUUAAUAUUAAAAAUUACCACAUCGUGAAA